CUAGGUAUGGCCCCAGUUAGCGCAGGAGGGGUGACUACAGGAAGUCGUCCAGGGGGCCGCAUCCUAACAGGUUCUCGACCUCUUCGAGAUCCGCCCUCUAUUCCCUCUAAAUAUCAAACCUACGUCAUCGUUAACAACGAGAAGAAAGGCUUUAACUCCCGAUCUUGUCGAUUCAGUGACUAUGAUUACAUCACAGAAAACCCAGGCCCAGGAUCAUAUACGAAUCAGCAGCAAAUGUUGAGUAAUCAAGAUGGUAAAACGAGCUGGUCAAAGAAAGGACUGGGAUCUUUUGCUUCGUCAACCAAGCGGUUUCAGGGCAGGAGAUCGGAGAUAGGAGUUGGGCCUGGUUCUUACGAUCACAUAUCACCCAAAACAGAUUUUAACAGAGCAGUUACAAGUGCCUUCCACAAACCGAUUUGUGUGGAAAAGAGGCAGGAAUUCACGGGACCACCACCAAAUCAGUACAACCCAGUCGUACCAAUCCGUACCGCUCCGUCAGCGUUUGCAAGUUUCAAAUCCCGCACUAAACGAGAUGCCCUAACAACGACUCUAAAGUCAGACUUCCCCGCUCCGGGCAGUUACGAGGUAAAGGACAACGUCAUCAAGAGUAGCGUCAACCCUAUGUCUUCAGUCUUCAAGUCCAAAGUAAAGCGAGAUUUGAAGGAGCUACACCUAGACUCUGAGGUACCCGGUCCUGGUGCAUACGACCCGUACAUCGCAGAAGAUUCAGAUGCUACUCCAUUCUACCGACUACACUAUCUCGCCAUCUCCGCCCCUGCUAUGCCACUACCCAAAGCAAAACCUCAGCCAGGACCUGGAGCUUACGACAUAGUGAACUACACCGGUCCCAAGAAGUCUGACGUGGCUAGUGCUAACUUUCUGUCAACCCUCCCCCGAGGAACGGCCUUGGAGCCCUACAAGCACAUUUCACCUGGUCCAGCUGCUUACAAACCAAACAGGAGGAACAAGCAUUCGUUUAUCUAUAACUUCAAGGGACGCUGGAUUUAACCGUGUAACAAUCAACAUCAUGUCCAUAAUUCAGGGAUGUGAACACUAAACAUGUUUCGUCAGCAGAAUUUAGAAAAGGGACAACACACUGCAUGUUUUUAUACGAGAAGUUUGUUAAUGUGGUAAAUUAAAAAUCAGACUAAAACACUUUGAAAAUUUGCAAGAUAUUUUAGGAAAUCGGUUGCUGUGGAUUUGCGCGACAUUUUCGAACAAUUUUAUGUAUUUGGCGCAUUAAUUACCAAAACUUGGCCAUUAUUGAGUCUUGCUCAUGAGAGAAUUACGCAUUUGAGAUGUACGAUUUUUAUCAAAAUUCGUAAAACCUUCUGUCAAUCA